AGGAGCCGCCGCCGCCGCCGCUCGCCAACAUGGCGGACCUAGAGGCCGUGCUGGCCGAUGUCAGCUACCUGAUGGCGAUGGAAAAGAGCAAGGCGACCCCGGCCGCCCGCGCCAGCAAGAGGAUCGUCCUGCCGGAGCCCAGUAUCCGGAGUGUGAUGCAGAAGUAUCUUGAGGAAAGAAAUGAAACGACGUUUGACAAGAUUUUCCAUCAGAAAAUUGGUUUCUUGCUAUUUAAAGAUUUUUGUUUGAAUGAAAUUAAUGAAGCUGUACCUCAGGUGAAGUUUUAUGAAGAGAUAAAAGAAUAUGAAAAGCUUGAUAAUGAGGAAGAUCGCCUCUGCAGAAGUCGACAGAUUUACGACACGUACAUCAUGAAGGAGCUGCUGUCUUGUUCGCACCCAUUCUCAAAGCAAGCUGUAGAACACGUACAGAACCAUCUGUCCAAGAAACAGGUGACAUCAGCUCUCUUCCAGCCAUACAUAGAAGAAAUUUGUGAAAGUCUUCGAGGCAACAUUUUCCAAAAAUUUAUGGAAAGUGACAAGUUCACUAGAUUCUGUCAGUGGAAAAACGUAGAAUUAAAUAUCCAUUUGACCAUGAAUGAUUUCAGCGUCCACAGGAUCAUUGGACGGGGAGGCUUCGGAGAAGUAUAUGGUUGCAGGAAAGCAGACACUGGGAAAAUGUAUGCAAUGAAAUGCUUAGAUAAGAAGAGGAUCAAGAUGAAACAGGGAGAAACAUUAGCCUUAAAUGAGCGGAUUAUGUUGUCACUUGUGAGUACAGGAGAUUGCCCUUUCAUCGUCUGUAUGACCUACGCCUUCCACACUCCAGACAAGCUCUGCUUCAUCCUGGACCUGAUGAACGGGGGCGAUCUGCACUAUCACCUGUCGCAGCACGGCGUGUUCUCUGAGACGGAGAUGCGCUUCUACGCCACGGAGAUCAUCCUGGGGCUGGAGCACAUGCACACCCGCUCCGUCGUGUACCGAGACCUGAAGCCCGCAAAUAUCCUCCUGGAUGAAUACGGACACGUCAGGAUAUCCGACCUCGGUCUGGCCUGCGAUUUCUCCAAAAAGAAGCCGCACGCGAGUGUGGGCACCCAUGGGUACAUGGCUCCCGAGGUCCUGCAGAAGGGGACGGCGUACGACAGCAGUGCCGACUGGUUCUCCCUGGGCUGCAUGCUGUUCAAACUUCUGAGAGGUCACAGCCCUUUCAGACAACAUAAAACCAAAGAUAAGCAUGAAAUAGACCGGAUGACACUCACUGCGAACGUGGAACUUCCAGAGACCUUCUCCCCCGAGCUGAAGUCCCUCCUGGAGGGUCUGCUCCAGCGAGAAGUCAGCAAGCGGCUUGGCUGUCGCGGAGGCGGGGCUCAGGAAGUCAGAGAGCACGGCUUCUUCAAGGGCAUCGACUGGCAGCACGUCUACUUGCAAAAGUAUCCUCCACCCUUGAUUCCUCCCCGGGGGGAGGUCAACGCUGCCGACGCCUUUGACAUUGGCUCCUUUGAUGAAGAGGACACCAAAGGCAUCAAGCUCCUGGACUGCGACCAGGAGCUGUACAAGAACUUCCCGCUGGUGGUGUCGGAGCGCUGGCAGCAGGAGGUGGUGGAGACCAUCUACGAGACGGUGAACGCGGACACGGACAAGAUCGAGGCCCGGAAGAGAGCCAAAAAGCAGCUCGGCCAGGAGGAAGAUUAUGCUCUGGGAAAAGACUGCAUCAUGCACGGGUACAUGCUGAAGCUGGGAAACCCAUUUCUGACCCAGUGGCAGCGUCGGUAUUUUUACCUCUUUCCGAACAGACUGGAAUGGAGAGGAGAGGGAGAGUCCCGGCAAAAUUUACUGACGAUGGAGCAGAUUCUGUCUGUGGAAGAAACUCAGAUUAAAGACAAAAAGUGCAUUUUGUUGAGGAUAAAAGGAGGGAAGCAAUUUGUCUUGCAAUGUGAGAGCGACCCGGAGUUUGUGCAGUGGAAGAAGGAGCUGACCGAGACGUUCACGGAGGCCCAGCGACUACUGCGCCGUGCUCCCAAGUUCCUCAACAAGUCUCGGACGGGUGUCCUGGAGCUCUCAAAGCCCCCCCUCUGUCACAGGAACAGCAACGGCCUCUGACAGCCGGGACCGCAGGGCCCUGCGGGAGACGGGGCCUCGAGGGAGUCCACGCGGGCGUGUCCAGCCCUUGGAAGGGAGCCUGUGGGAGGAGGAGGGGAUGAGAGGACGGUCGCUCAUCUCGGGCUCCCACCGCGGGAAGGCCGGGGCGCUGCGGCCCUCCAGCAGGAGCCGUGCCCAGGCCCAGGCCCGGCGGCCUCCCUCCCUCCCGGGUGCCCGCCACCUCGCAUUAGUCCAUGCUCGAAACUACUGAAGAGAGAGUGUUCGUUUUGCUGCACACUCAUUUUGGUUACCUGUGAACCUAGAACUUGAGAUGAUUGCUACUCGGCACUCCGAUUCUCACGUCUGAUGCGGAGCCGGAGUCACGCUGCCUGAGGGGCUGGUGAUGAUCGCCCAGUGCUGGCGGGUCCUCCUUCUCCCUGGCGGUCACCGCUCCUACUCCUGGGGGGAGCAGCGUGCGUGUUCCCUGCGGCUCAGGCCCACUCGGGGUUGUGUGGGCUGGAAAGCCGACUGCACUUCCUGGGACGGCUGCACGGGCGCCCCGGCCCGGGCCUGCCUCCCACGGAUCUGGGUCCCGGGCAGGCGGGCAGGCGUGCGGCCCAGCGCCCCGGCGCUGCUCUGAACCGCGGGCUCCGCAGUCAGCCGCCGGGAGAGUUGACAGCGAUUCCGAAGGCGAGGCGUGGGGUUUUCCGUUUCGGGGCAGUGGUGAUUUUCAGAAGCCUUCAAGUAAACAGCACUUUCCCGUGUCUGGGUGCACAGGAACACUUGGGCUGAGUCCGCCGGGUGUCGAGGACGAGACCUGUGACGCGGUCACUCUGGUUCCUUCCGCUAGACCUCAGGACACACGCCCGGUGGAUGUGUGAAGGGCAGGUCUGUGUCCCCUUCUGGUAGGAUUUGAAGCGUCCUGUUCUUCGUGCAGCUUUCUUGUCCCUAAGUUGACUGCUAACAAUAAUACAUAACUUGACCUCCUGAGCACCGGCAUCCUGUCCUUGAUGUUUUCAGCGGCUCCAGAUCUUUGCUUUGCAUCUGUGUGCUGUGUCCCCCAGAAAGGGGUGCUUCUGAAUGAAGGUGUGUGUGAGAGUUGGCAGGAUCAUUCCUGAACGUCUUUGGGUUCACAGGCGUUACUCUGGGAAAGAAAUUGGGAGGGUCUCUGUCCAGCUCAACUCUGGGUUGGAGUUUAGGUGAACACAUGUGUUCUGUUGCCUGUUCUUUCUCAUGUAGGAGGAGGGAUGCGCUAUUCACAUGCAUUCUCGAUUUUAAACGGGAAGAAUUGUAAUUAAGUUCUAUUUAUUUAAAAAAGAAAAGGCAAAAAACAAACAAACACAAACUACUGAGACAGAAAAGCAGUUGUUCACAGGCAUGUUCUUGUCACCGCAGCACGCAUGCUCCGCGUGUGGAGGGCAGACACCUCGGAGCCCGUGUCUCUGCUGGACGGCCUGAGCCUCCUGUGCAGAAGGCACGCAGACCCCUCCUGGGUCUGGGCUCAGCAGCUCACUUUUCAUACCUAGGCCACUAGCUUCACCGAUUCUCUUCUCUCUGAAAAAUACAAUGUUUGUCUGGAGUGGAAGGUAAGGUGAAUCUCUCUUUUAGAAAUUUAGAAAUUGCUUCUAAGAAAUUAGCCCGAGAAGCCUUUUGGGUCAUACUUAUUCCAAGUAAACAUCUAUGUUCGCCCAGGUCACGCUUGAUUCAGUGACAUGGUGAGGACUUGGCAUAGGUGGAAUGUAUUGUACUCAGAUCGGGGUGUCGGCCCCCCGAGGCUGGUCUCUGGUUGGGUUGGGGUCUGGUCGGCAGUCCUGGGGAGGCCGGUGGGAGUCCUGGCGUAGUGGCUGUAGGAACUGUAAGAGAGUUAUGUCACCCUUGAUGUUGGACCCUUCCUAUGUUGGAAUCAUUAAAAAAGACAAAAUCCUGCACAAGUUUUCUCAUUAUUUUAGAUAUAUGUG